AUGGCGAUCAAGCACAACCAGCAGAUCCCGCACAACCAUUUCCGCAAGGAUUGGCAGCGACGAGUCCGCGUUCACUUCGACCAGCCCGGUCGCAAGCUUAGACGCCGCAAUGCCCGUCUCUCAAAGGCAGCAGCUGUCGCACCCCGCCCAGUCGAUAAAUUGAGACCCAUCGUCCGAUGCCCAACAAUCAAGUACAACCGCCGUGUACGAGCUGGACGUGGUUUCACCUUGACUGAGCUGAAGGAAGCUGGUAUCCCCCGCAAGCUUGCGCCCACAAUCGGUAUCUCCGUCGACCCCCGCCGCCAAAACCUCUCCACCGAAUCCCUUGCCGUCAACGUCGACCGUCUAAAGGCCUACAGAGCUCGUCUCAUCCUCUUCCCCCGCAAGUUGGGCAAGCACAAGUCUGGUGAUGCAUCCAAGGAGGAAGUUGCUGGUGUCAAGAACACUGUUGCCAGCUUCAAGGCUGCUCUUCCAAUCGCCAACACCGAGUCAGGAUUCAGCGAGAUUAAGAAGGGUGACGUGCCAUCGGCAACUGAGGGUGGUGCUUACAAGAAGUUGAGAGAAGCUAGAAGCGAAGCGAGAAACGCCGGCAAGCGUGAGAAGCGGGCGAAGGAGAAGGCUGAUGAGGCUGCUGCUGCUAAGAAAUAA